AUGGGUUGCUGUGGUUGUGGUGGCUGCGGUGGUGGCUGCGGUGGCUGCGGUGGUGGCUGUGGUGGUGGCUGUGGCAGCUGCACCACCUGCAGGUGUUACCGGGUGGGCUGCUGCUCCAGCUGCUGCCCCUGCUGCCGCGGCUGCUGUGGGGGCUGCUGCAGCACGCCCGUGAUCUGCUGCUGCCGCCGCACCUGCAGCUCAUAUGGCAGUGGCUGUGGCUGUGGGAAGGGCUGUUACCAGCAGAAGGGCUGCUGUCAGCAGAAGUGCUGCUGCAAGAAGCAAUGCUGCUGCUAG